CGGUGUGCCGCCGCAAAGGAAGAACUGGGCUCAGACUGAAGCGGAUUAUCUCACUCAGCAGACCUUCUGUUGGAAGAGGGGAGCGUCUGAGUUGGAAAAUAGAAAAACUAACAAAAACCAUGAAGAACGAAGGCAUAGAGGGGACAGAGAAGUUCCUGAGUCCGGACAGAGGCAGAGGCCUGCGGGCGGUGAGGCACUUCGCGGUAGGGGAGCUGGUGUUCGCCUGUCCUGCCUACUCCUACGUGCUUACGGUGAAUGAAAGAGGGGCUCACUGCGAGCACUGCUUCACCAGGAAAGAAGAUCUUUCUAAAUGUGGUAAAUGUAAGCAGGCCUACUAUUGCAAUGUUGACUGUCAGAGAGGCGACUGGCCCAUGCAUAAGCUUGAGUGCGUCGCCAUGUGUGCAUAUGGAGAAAACUGGUGUCCAUCAGAGACGGUCAGACUGGUGGCCAGAAUCAUCAUGAAACAGAGAGUCACGACAGAGCGGACCCCCUCAGAAAGACUGCUCCUCCUUAAAGAGUUUGAAGCACAUCUGGAUAAGAUGGACAGUGAGAAGGAAGAGAUGAACCAGGCGGACAUAGCAGCUCUGCACCAUUUCUACUCCAGACACAUCAGUGACCUGCCCAACGACCAGGCUCUCACUGAGCUCUUUGCACAGGUAAACUGCAAUGGUUUCACCAUAGAGGAUGAGGAGCUCUCCCAUCUAGGAUCAGCUGUUUUUCCUGAUGUAGCAUUGAUGAAUCACAGCUGUAGUCCCAACGUUAUUGUUACCUAUAAAGGCACAGUGGCUGAGGUGCGAGCUGUACAGGAGAUAAACCCAGGUGAAGAGAUCUUUAACAGUUACAUAGACCUACUGUAUCCAACAGAAGACAGGAGAGAGAGGCUUUUAGAUUCCUAUUUCUUCAUGUGCCAAUGUACAGAGUGCACCACCAGGUCUAAGGAUAAAGCAAAAAUGGAGAUCAGGAAGCUGAGCUCCCCACCAGAACCGAAGGAAAUCCAGUCCAUGGUUCUUUAUGCCAAAAAUGUCAUUGAAGAGUUCAGAAGAGCCAAACACUAUAAAAGUCCCAGCGAGCUCCUAGAGAUGUGUGAGCUCAGUCUGGAGAAGAUGGGAGCUAUUUUUGCAGACACCAAUGUCUACAUGCUGCACAUGAUGUAUCAGGCCAUGGGCGUGUGCCUCUACAUGCAGGACUGGGACGGCGCCAUGAGCUACGGCGAGAAGAUCGUUCAGCCUUACAGUGUUCACUACCCGGCUUACUCUCUGAAUGUGGCGUCCAUGUACCUGAAGCUGGGACGCCUAUACUUGGGACUUGAGAAGAAGUCUCAAGGUGUCAAAGCUUUGAAGAAGGCUUUGGAUAUCAUGGAGGUGGCUCAUGGAAAAGAUCACCACUAUGUAGCAGAGGUGAAACGGGAAAUCGUGGAGCAGAAAUAGAAGUUGAAAGUGUUGCUUUGGAACCUCUUUUAAAGCAACAACAUAUCCAUCUUCAAAAGCAUGGCAUGCAUCCUUCAUUACCUCUGUUUUUACACCUUUUUUAUGUCCCUACCUUACUUUUUGUGCAGAGUUCUUGCACAUUCUGACUGGAUUUUCAACUAGAUUUGCUUUAUUCAAAAAAUCUAUCAAAAAAUAAAGUAUUAAUGUUUUCUUUAAUAUCAUUGAGGCCUACAGCUGUGCGAU